AUGUUUGGCAGGGGAACGUUGGGACGAAAACUCCUCUACUCAACAGGAGUGGUUGGUUCCUUGGCUCUGGGUGGUGGCUACGUCACUUAUCAACGACGCCUAAAGGAGAACCGCAGCUGCACAGCAGAGGAGUUCAACGCGAAGCAAAACCAGGAGGAGCUUCAAUGGGCUCUUUCACAUAUCCGAAAUGUGAAGGAGCACCCUCACACUCUUUUGUAUCGUUACUCCACGUGCCCAUUUUGUGGAACGGUGAAGGCAUUCCUCGAUUAUCACAANCCCUCACACUCUUUUGUAUCGUUACUCCACGUGCCCAUUUUGUGGAACGGUGAAGGCAUUCCUCGAUUAUCACAAUAUCCCUCAUGA